AUGAAGAUUGUGAAGCAUUCUGGUAGUGGUAAUGAUGAAGUAAUGAAUGAGGGUUCAAAUGAGGAUGUGAAGAUGGGAUCAGAUACUGGGACUGAUUUGAAAAUGAAGCAGGGAGUUAGUUUUUUGGAUCUUAAAUGGGAUAAUGAGCCGGUGAUUGUUGAUAAUGAUUCCAAAUCAAAAUCAUCCCAGUGGUUACUAUUGUCAAUGAUGUUAGCAAAAAGUCUUAUGCUCGAAUUGUUGAAGCUUCAAGCUCCGUGGUUGAUCUUAACAUCAAAGUUAUUCCUAAAGUUGAUGGGAAACCAAAUGGUAAAGCUGAGCUAG